UCCAACCCCAGUCUAUCUUGAGUUUUUCCACGCAUUCAAAAUUCAAAUUCCUCCUCACUCCCCAGAACCCCAAACCCUCACCAAUCCCAGCCCUAACCACCCACCUCGCCCCGUUCCCAUUCCUUCCAACUGGGAGGCGAAUCCCCGUUCCCCGCAUCACGAUCACCACACCGCCGCCGCCGCCGCCGCGAGGUUGCGAGGGAGGCUGCGGAUCCCGUCGGGGCGAGGCGGCUGCUCGUGCUCUAGGUCCUCUAAAUUGCAAUGGAUAUAACACAGGUUCUGCUAGCUGCACAAUCCCAUGAUGGUCAGAUACGAACUGUUGCUGAGGGAAAUCUCGAGCAAUUUCAGGAGCAGAAUUUUCCACAAUUUCUACAAACACUAUCAGCUGAACUGUCUAAUGAUGAGAAGCCUCCUGAAUCUCGAAGGCUUGCUGGUAUUUUGCUUAAGAAUUCCUUGGAUGCAAAAGAUUCAUCUAGGAAAGAAGAAUUUGUACAACGUUGGAUAAAUGUGGAUCCUGCAAUCAAAUCACAAGUUAAAGGGUCCCUUCUGAUGACCCUUGGAUCACUGGUUUUUGAAGCCCGCAGCAGCUCUUCACAAGUCAUUGCCAAGGUUGCUGCCAUUGAGAUCCCUCAUCAAGGAUGGCCAGAACUCAUAGUCAACUUGUUAAGCAACAUGACAAAGCCAGAAGGACUGCCUUGUCUGAAGCAGGCUACCCUGGAUGCCCUUGGAUAUAUCUGUGAGGAGAUAUCCCCUGAAGAUCUGGAGCAGGAUCAAGUCAAUGCUGUUCUUACUGCUGUGGUCCAGGGCAUGAAUCACACAGAGAACAGUUCUGAUGUUCGCCUUGCUGCAGUGAAAGCAAUGUACAAUGCUCUUGAUUUUGCUGAAACAAAUUUUCUGAAUGAUCUAGAGAGGAACUACAUAAUGAAGGUUGUUUGUGAGACUGCCAUGUGUAAGGAGGCUGAUAUAAGAAAGGCUGCAUUUGAGUGUCUUGUCUCAGUAGCAUCCAUAUAUUACGAUCUUCUAGAGCCAUACAUGCAGACACUAUUUGAGUUGACCUCAAAUGCUGCCAGGGUAGAUGAAGAACCUGUUGCCCUUCAAGCUGUUGAGUUUUGGAGCACUAUCUGUGACGAAGAAAUUGCUAGGCAAGAAGAGAGCCAAGAAUCUGGUGUUGUGAGUUCCUCAUGUCAUUUUCGUUUUAUUGAAAAGGCCCUUCCCUCACUUGUUCCUAUGCUUCUGGAAACACUCAUGAAACAAGAGGAGGAUCAAGACCAAGAUGAUGGAAUUUGGAAUAUAUCGAUGUCUGGGGGUACCUGCCUUGGACUUGUUGCAAGAGCUGUCCAGGAUGCUAUUGUUCCACUUGUGAUGCCUUUUAUAGAGGGGAACAUAACAAAGCCUGAUUGGCGCAGCAGGGAGGCUGCGACAUUUGCAUUUGGUUCUAUACUUGAGGGUCCUUCUGUUGAAAAGCUCACACCAUUGGUUCAUGCUGGCUUUGAUUUCUUGCUUAAUGCAACCAAAGACCAGAACAAUCAUGUUAGGGACACGACUGCAUGGACACUUUCUAGGAUAUUUGAGUUUCUGCACUCACCAACCAGUGGGUCUUCAGUUGUGACAAAUGCAAACCUCCCGCAUGUCAUAGAAAUACUGUUGACAAGUAUCAAAGACUCCCCUAAUGUGUCUGAGAAGAUAUGUGGAGCCUUAUAUUUUUUGGCCCAAGGCUAUGAGGAUGCAGGGUCUAUGUCAUCUGUGUUGACACCAUGUCUUGGUGAAAUAAUAUCAGCUCUCCUUGCCACUGCUGAUCGUUCUGAUUCCAACAAUUCCAGGCUCUGUGCGUCUGCAUAUGAAACACUAAAUGAAAUUGUCAGAUGCAGCUGUAUCUCAGAGACUUUGAACAUGAUUGUACAGUUAUUGCAGGAGAUACUGAAGAGAUUGAACCAGACUUUUGAGAUUCAGAUCACAUCCUCUGACGACAAGGAAAAGCAAAGUGACCUUCAAGCCCUGCUCUGUGGCGUUGCUCAAGUAAUCCUUCAGAAGUUCAGUAGCUGUGAUGAAAAAUCAGCAAUUCUUCAUUUUGCUGACCAAAUGAUGGUAUUAUUUCUCCGAGUCUUUUCGUGCAAUAGUUCUAAUGUGCAUGAAGAAGCCAUGCUUGCCAUUGGUGCUCUUGCUUAUGCUACCGGAUCAGAAUUUUUGAAAUACAUGCCAGAAUUCCAUAAGUACCUAGAAAUGGGCUUGCAAAACUUUGGGGCAUAUCAAGUCUGCUGUGUUUCUGUGGGUGUGGUUGGUGAUAUCUGUCAUGCCUUAGAUAACAAGGUUCUCCCUUACUGUGAUGGUAUCAUGUCCGCUCUUCUCAAGGAUCUCUCAAGCCCAGAGCUUCACCGUUCAGUCAAACCCCCAAUACUGUCUUGCAUAGGAGAUAUUGCUCUUACAAUUGGUGAACAUUUUGAGAAAUAUGUCCCAUACACUAUGCCUAUGCUGCAAGGAGCUGCAGGGCUCUGCUUUCACAUGGAUGUUUCGGAUGAUGAUAGCAGAGAGUAUCGGAAUGAACUCAACCGAAGUAUUUUUGAGGCCUACUCAGGUAUACUUCAGGGCUUCAAGAAUUCAAAGUCGGAGCUAAUGGUGCCUUAUGCAGGUGAUAUUUUCCAAUUCGUUGAAUUGGUCUUGAAAGACAACCUUUUAAGGGAUGACAGUGUGACCAAAGCUGGAGUGGCCAUGGUUGGUGACCUAGCAGACGCAUUAGGGCCGAACAUAAAAUUACUGUUCAAGGACUCCAACUUCCACUCAGAGCUCCUUGGCCAAUGUUGUCAGUCUGAAGAUGAACAGCUAAGGGAGACUGCUUCCUGGGUCCAAGGGGUGAUCAGACGCGUGCUGGUUUCAUGAUGGAAGACUUCUCAAGUAAAACUGCUGGUCUUAUACUGUCAAGUUAUUUUCUUUCAAUGCCAAGUGAACUGUUUUAGAAGUGUUACAUAUUUGUCCUGUUUUGUUUCAAAUGGAUUUUUUUUUUAUAAAGGUGAGGUUACAUAAGGUCAUUUGUAGCGGCAGCCGUUUGCCACCUGGCCCACCUCCCACAAAUAGGUCGGUGUCCAUGGGUUUCUGUUGCAUUUUAUUCAGUUGUCCAUGUGGAUAGAUUGUAAUCGCAGCAAUGCUAUCGGCUUAUUGCUCUCUGAAAUGGUAAACACUUUGUUAGCAUCA